AUGAACGAUUGCUUGGUAUCUCGAGAAGAAAUAAGAGAAUUCUUAAUGCCGAUUGUUGGACCGUAUUUUAAGAAAGAUGAAGAUCUAGUCGUAUUAGAGAGCAUGCACACCGAUCCACCAAAGGAUCAUUAUAUCAACGAGAGAUACAACAAAGCCCGAUAUUUACUUUUUACGAGGAAAUAUAAUGCUCUACUUUAUGCCAGCACGUAUGAGAUAUCCUUUCAGGUUCUGAAGAUCGUCCCAAACGAGGGAACGGUUCUUCCGUAUUCUGUGCAACGAGUGCACGUAGGAUUUCAUGGUUUCGAACGGCUUCGAAUAAAAGCCACCGUUGUCUGCGAGAUAUCCCGUGGACCAACUGAGCGGAUUCAUCUGCUAGCUCGCGCAGACGCCAUUCGAUACGCGUUUGACAUGAAUGUUAUCGAUUUUGGUCAACAGUUGUUCCUGGAAUAUUCUCGUAAGACCCUUGUCUUGAAAAACCUCUGCAUGAUAGCAUUUGAUUACGAAAUAAAAGCCACGGAGAUAGUUUCCAACGAGGCGAUCGAACGAUUCGAUGUAUGUCCAUUAAUAAUUCAACCGAAUAAAGGCCUUGUGGACGCUGAAUCGGCCGUGGAAUUUUACGUGAAUCAUCUGGCAACGAAGCUUGGCCCUAUCAGUCAUCGAAUUCAAUUGGAGAUCGGUCAUUUGGUACCCGUCGUAGUCGAAGUAGUCGCCUACGGCGCCUUUCCUCAAGUUUAUCCAUGCGUCUCUCGAGGACAGUUGCAUCAAUAUCAUUCCACCGAGUUAGAAUAUUCCGCUAUCCAGUCAUUGACCGAGGACUUCGUGUGUCAUUGUAUGCCACAGAAAAUGGAGAAUAUAGCCGAUCAUCUCGAAACGGACGAGGAGAUGUUAACUGCCGGGGAAUGGUGCAUUAUUCCGUGCGGCGAGACGUUUCCACGAACGAUGGACAUCGACAUGGCGGUGGAAAGGUGGUUGGCAAGGAAGUUCGUCGAUGCAAAUUCAUACAUUUUAAUGCAGCAUGCAACCACUCGCAAGAACGAGCCAAUUCCUCAACUUUUUUCAUCCGAGCACGUUAUUGAUAUGAAACACCUGAUCAUCGAACAGACGACUCACUACACGACCAAGAUAAUUAAUUACGGGCCAUGGAUCGCGGAAAUGAGAAUGAGAAUGGGAAAGAAGAAGAACGAUCCGGAGAGAUCUGGAAUCACAGUACAUUUCAAGAAACACUCGAAGCUGUUGGUCGGCGAUUCUGCUAUCCUUCAUGUGACUUGGCAUCCUACACGAGAAAGAUUCUCCGAGAGAAGCGUGGAAGUAUUGUACGGGUGCACGAUUCCUGUGAUUAUAAAGGGAACAGUGACUUAUCCAUACGUCACCGUCAAUACUAAGUUUUUGGAUUUCCAGGACGUUGUCGUGGGUGAAUGCUUGGUUCUCCACAUUUUGAUCAAGAACGAGGGGCUAGUCGAUUGCGAGUGGGAGGCGAGAUUGUCGGACGUUCAUCGUAAGAAGCACCAGGAAGAUUAUCCAUUUUACGUGGAGUACGACACAAAUCACUGCCCACCUGGCCAUUUCCAAGUCGUUCGCGUGUAUUUCAAGCCUCGAAAAACGUGCUACAUAGAAACGAAGUUGAAGGUAAUUGUGAAAAUGAGCCUUGAAAUGCAGAUUAUCGCAUUAACUGGGCGUGGAAUCGAGAAAAGUUUGAACAUAAUAAAACCGACUAUUCAGUUUCUACCUAUUGUUCCGUUUACGGACAUUCAAGAAAGAGUUUUUACGAUUGAAAACACUUGCAAUUAUCCAGUGGAGUUUUUCUGGCAUCAUUUGGACGAUGAUUUUCAGACGGAGUCUCGUAUAACGAAAGCUCUGUUGCAUUACUACAAAGUGAAAGAAAUACUGUUGCCGCCCAGGAAGCCUGGUGAAUCGAUGCCUUGGCAAUUGACGAAAUUUUACAAAGAUAUAGUCAACGAAAUGGCUCGGACAUUAAUUAUGGAGAAAUUGAAGGAUGAAGAGAUAUUGGAGGAAGAAGUGAAGCCUGAGAGUAAGAAUUACGAAGGCGACACCGGCAAGAGGAGGGAGAGAAAGACCGGGUCGAGUGUAUUGAAAAGAAAAACGAGAAAACGUGGAAGAUCUGCUCAACAAUCUACGAAAAGCAGCGUCCGUGGAUCUAGCCGUCGCGGAAGAAGAAAUGAAAUUGUUAGUGACUUGUCUAGCACAGAAGAUUCGGACAGAAAGGAUCUCUCGGACUUUUCACUUUUGGACGAAACCGUGGUGGAAUCUGCCCCUCUACCCACGAGUGACCCUGAGGAAAUCCAACGUUACAUAGACAAUCUCCAUAAGAAUUCAGAUUUCCAAAGUAGAAUGAAAGACCCGGUGAAAGAACUUUUCGAGAAUAUGGAGCGAAAACCCGACCAUCUUCCGGACCCUUUUAAACCCGAGAAGAAAGUCUGCGUUAUUUUCCACGGAGCCCCUUUCACCGAGUAUCAAGAAGCUGCGUGCAGAAGCGCCAGGGUCUUAGAAAUUCCAGUCCUUAGCAUAGACAAAGCGAUCACGGAAGUUAUAGCGUUCGCCGGAAGUUCGUGUUCGAUUCAACUUCGGCAGGUCAUCGACGAUGUUUACGAGACUGGUGAAAGCAACGAGAUCGGAUCGCAAUCGACUAAAAGAACAGUGAAUUCGAACAAAGGAAGGAGUUCCUCAAAUGAUAAAUCGGGAGCAGAAGAAUCGUCCAAAACCCCGAGGGAAUCGAGGACGCCAAAAUCUGCUAAAAUAGAAACAUCCGACUUUCAGAAAGAAGUGAUCCUUCGACUUCAUGCGGAUCCCGAUCCACUCGCCGAGCUUGAUAAAAUUCCAGCCGAUGAGAAACUAGAGGUUCUGGACCCUUUGAGCAGAUACGAGUACAAGAUUCAAGCAAUUUUAUUACUGGAGAAAGUAGUUGAUCACCGUGAAAUCCACGAAAUGUCCAGAGACAAAGAGGACAGGGGCACAAGGAAGAAACAGGAUGCUUCGUUCGCUGGGAUUAGUUCCGAAUUAAUAUUCCAAGCUCUCGAAGAAAGAUUAUCCAUGGAUGAUUUCAAGCGAGGUUUCGCCGUACAAAGCUUGGACAGCAAUUUCCUGCGAAACAACACGCCCGAAGCUUUGCUUUUCUUAUUACGGAUCGUCGGCAAUAUCGAGUAUUUUCUAUUCGUUACUUUUCUUAACUCGAUGGCUUGCUAUAACGCCAAAGUAGAGCAGCUUCGAAAAGAAAUAGGUAAAAUGUCUUUUGUUCACGCUUAA